AUGCAUGAAUACUCUGUUCGCAUGAAAGGGUUCAUGCACAACACAGUUGAUGACUUACGUGUAAUGAACUACUUCCGGGUUAAAUUCAGAAGGGUUAAGCAGUAUGAUCCAAUUCAGUGUUGUUGGUUUCCUCCAGACCAACGGGAGAUGUUAUUGUGCUGUGACAGGGCCUCUAGGAAUAAUCCAGGCGUGGCUGGUGCUGGAGUUGUAGCAAGAGACACUAGAUGUGGUGUUGUAGGAUCUAUGGAAAUUGGGAUGGGCAUUACGUCCAAAUUUUUGGCUGAGCUUUAUUGUAUUGUAGUUGUCCUUGAGUGGGCGGUUCAAUGGGGUUUUCGUAAGAUUCUCAUUAGAUCGAAUUCUGCAAGCGUGAUCAACAUUUUGGAGAAAAAAACUUUGAUGUGGUUUGUUCAACAAAGGUGGGAGGAUGUUUGUGCUAGAAAUGACUCUAUUAGAUUUGUGCAUUCGUUUCGUGAAGGAAAUUUUGCUACUGAUAAAAUGGCUAGAAGAGGUUGUAAUUUAGGAAAUGGUGUGGGCAUGUAUUAUGUAGACCGACCAGAUUUUUUACGCUCUAUUGAGUUACCAAAUGUUGCUUAUUUUCGUUUUAAGUAG